AUGGCAGAUAUGACAUUGCCUGACCCAGCUCCAGCACCAUAUUAUUAUGACUAUGGAGAUGACGACAGAACACCACAUGUAGAUGAACAAAAGCUAACAUUAUAUUUAGAUUAUUAUAGAUAUAAAAGAUAUAAUGCAAUAGAAAAAACGAGAAUAGUAUAUUAUUAUACAGAUGACAGAAAUAAAUAUUAUAGUCAAGAUUUUACCUACCCUGAAAACAUAAGAUUAUAUUAUAAAAAAUAUUCUGACACAAACCAGAAGAAACCUGAAAUAGUUGCACUAUAUUUUAAGUUCAAAAGAGACAAUCCUAUAAUAUCUCAUAUGUUUGAUUUAAUGAACCCAGUAGGUUCUAUUUAUACAUCUAUGGAUGCAAGAGGUCCUCAAGUAAUGUUUGGUGUUGGUGCAUGGGAACAAAUAGUCGACAGGUUUUUGUAUUAUGCAAACUCUUCAAAGGAAACAGGUGGAAGUAAAACGAUUUCAGGUGAAAAUUUACCUGCACACAGUCAUUACAUAGAUUUAAGUACAUCUCAAGCAGGUUGGCAUAAGCAUAGAUAUUGGGAUUGGUCAGGAAUGACAAAAGGUAAAGGAUAUGAUGUUAAAGACGACGUUAAGUUUGCUAUAAAUUGUUACUGGGAUGACACGCAGGGAGAAGGAAACCAUACACAUUUCAUUUCAGGAUAUACACAAACAACGGGACAAAGUAAAGAAUACAUGCCACCUUACAUGACAGUUUACGCAUGGUAUAGAAUUGCUUAG